AUGGAGGCGGCUGCGUGCAGAAAGCUGGCGCUCGUCGCAGCAGUACUGUGCACGCAUGUGUAUUCUUGGCUGAAGCUUGCCGCUCGCAGCAUCUUCUGCAAGAUCAUCGCCGGACAGAUCCCGUCGAUGAAGCUGUACGAAGACGACGAGGUGCUGGCCUUCCUCGACAUUGGGCCGAUCGCCAAGCGUCACGCCCUCGUCAUCCCCAAGUACCACGCAGCCAAGCUGCACGAGCUGCCCGACGAGCACCUCGGCCGCCUGCUGCCCGUCGCCAAGCGUCUGGCCCUCGCCAGCGGCGCAGACGAGUACAACAUCCUGCAGAACAACGGGCGUGGCGCGCACCAGCAGGUCGACCACGUGCACUUCCACAUGAUCCCCAAGACGUCGCCAAAGGAGGGCCUCAUCAUCGAGUGGCCCGCCACGCAGCCCGAGAGGGAGGAGCUGCAGAAGGUGAGCUGGCGCGGCGACUGCACAUGGGACACCUCGGCUGACCCUCGACGCAGCUGCACGGCGAGAUGA